AAUUUGGCACAGUUGAAAAAAAAUAGUAAAAUAUAAUAUGAGUCAAUCCAUUUUAGACUCGUUGAAAUGUCGAGUUGAGUUAGAAAACUUUUCAGAUUCAUCACUCGACAGUAUUGAUAUGGCAGAUCAGAUUCGUAAGAAGAGAGCUUUUGUUUUGAGAACAAGUACAAGUGCUAUCACAAGCAAUAAGUCGAACAAUAGGUUCCCGGAAUCAGAAGCACCAAGUGAUACAACCAAUAUUGAGGAAAUGUCUCAAAAUCAAUGUAAAGAAAAUGAUAAUCAUUCAAGUACAAAAAAUACAGAUGACCAUGCGACUGAUGAUUUGUCUAUUCAAAAUAAUAAUAUUACAAUAACAGAAAAUAAUGUUGCGACUCAUGAACAAGAUAAGUUGAUAACAGGUGGCCAUGACAUUGAGAGCAUAACUAACGAUAAUAAUGAUGAAAAUCAUAAUCUUAAUAAAGUUGAUAGCAACAACGAACAAAGUCCUGAUAAUAAUUUUGUGGGAAAGUCGAACAACAAUCAUGCUAUUGAAAAUGUGGUAGACAGAAGCAGACAAGAUAAUCCACGUCCUAUUUUACAUCCAAAUAAUGUUAAUAAUCGUAAUGAUAAUCAAGAUCGUAACCAACAAAAUCGUUUAAAUAAUCAGAAUAGUAUAUCAUGUAUUAAUAAUAAAAAAUUUAUUCGCAGAUUAUAA